AUGUCUAACAACAAACCCGUCAUCCUCAUCGUCGAAACACUCGACACAAAAUUGCCAGAAACGCUCUAUCUGAGAUCAGCAAUAUUGAGUCAUGGUGCUUGCCAAACAAAAAUACUGGACGUAGGUCGAUCACAACAGGUCGACGACAACAUCUUAGAAAUCCCUCAAGAUGAGCUCGUUCGUCCUCUAAAAGAUAUCGGGGAUGAGCUCAGCAAGUUGUCAAGAGGUUACUAUUCCGACAAAGCAAUAGCGACUUGCAUGCCGGUAGUGCGGGAUCUGGUCAACAAGAACCAGGUGCAUGGCAUCGUCUCAGCGGCUGGAAGUACCGGAUCCUCAAUUGCCUCAGCGCUGAUGCGAGAAGCAUGUCCUGUCGGGUUUCCCAAACUCCUGGUAUCGACGAUGGCUAGUGGUGAUAUCAAGCCGUUCAUUGGUGAGGUGGACAUCACGAUGAUGUACAGUGUAGUCGAUAUUGCUGGCCUGAACUCCGUGCUGAAGCAGAUUCUGACCAACGCGGCUGGUGCUAUCAGUGGUAUGACUUUGGCUCACGCAGAACAUUCGAAGGAGGAAAAAGUCAAAGGAAAGAGGAUUGCGAUUACGAUGUUUGGAGUGACCACGCCUUGUGUGGACCAUAUCAGGAAAAUCCUUACCACAACUCCUCAUGAUGUGUCUGAUUACGAGCUGUAUAUCUUCCAUGCAACAGGCUCUGGAGGCAAGGCAAUGGAACGCUUGAUCGAGGAAGGCCAGAUCGAUGCAGUGAUAGAUCUCACAACGACAGAAAUUCCAGACGAACUUUUUGGUGGUGUACUAACAGCCGGUCCAGACAGAUUGAACGCCGCUGCGCGUAAAGGCAUUCCGGUCAUACUCUCCACUGGAGCUUGCGAUAUGGUCAACUUUGGACCUAAAGACACCGUACCCGAAAAAUACCAAGAUCGGAAUUUAUACGUCCACAAUUCUGCAGUCACACUGAUGCGGACAACUCAAGACGAGAACAAGGAGAUUGGCAACUUUAUCGUAAAGAAGUUGAAGGGCGCAACAGAUCCUUCGAAGAUCAGGGUAUUGCUUCCAACAGGCGGAGUUAGCAUGAUUGAUGCGCCUGGCCAGCCCUUCCACGAUCCUCAGGCGGAUGAGGCGCUCUUCAAGACAAUUGCUGAUGGUCUAUCGGACACAAAAAUUGAAGUCUUCCAAUACCUUGAGAAGGUUAACGACGAAGCAUUCGCUGCACAAUUAUGUGACCAUCUGCUUGAGGUGAUGGGUGUCAGCCCAAGGGAAGCUAGGUUAGCCAAUGCACGAAGACGCAAGUGGAGUUUUGACCAUGGUGCAACACUACAUGCUGUGAGGAGAGCAAGUCAGAUCGUGGUACCAGAUGCUGCGUGA